AGCUGUCCUCCAGCAACAGAUGUCCAACACAUCAAUAUUCUUCCUGUCAGCUUUCUUCACUACCCAGCUUUGAAAUCCCAUUGAACAUAAUAGAGCUUCUACGUAGACAGGAAGUUUUAAAUAUUUAGCAUGGACGGGAGCAAAACCAUGGAAAAAAUAACACAGACAGCACUACAACUUGAUGCAGGACAUCAAGCAGCCAUUCAGUUUUGGAUACCAGUCACUAUGUGGAAAAAUUCUGUCUUCUGCCUUUUGGUUUUGGCCACUGCUACAAACUAUGUAGUGUAUGGACAAAACAGAAGAAAAGGACAAAGGCCAAGUUCUCUAGCAAGAAAGGACAAUUCUCAGGAUUCGGUCUGCUUCAUCGAUAUCAUCUUUAUCCUGGACAGUUCAGAAAGUGCUAAAGAUGUGCUGUUUGAUAAGCAGAAAGAGUUUGUCACCACUCUGAGUGAUAAAGUUUUCAUCAUGAAACCCACCAGGGCCCUCCGGUAUGAUAUCAGAUUGGCCAUCAUGCAGUUCAGCAGUACAGUUAGAAUUGACCAUCCUUUUUCAGCCUGGCGAAACCUGCAGAACUUUAAGCAGAGUGUUAAUGAAAUGGUCUACAUUGGGCACGGCACCUAUUCCUAUUAUGCUAUCACCAAUGCUACCCAGCUGUUGAAAGCAGAAGGCCGCAAAACAGGUGUCAAAGUGGCCGUGUUGAUGACAGAUGGCGUUGACCAUCCCAAGAGUCCAGAUGUACAGGAGGCAACUAGAGCAGCCAGAGCUCUCGGAAUAGCUUUCAUUACUAUUGGCCUUUCUAGCAUUGCCCAUAAACCCAAACUACUUUCAAUAUCUGGGGAGUCACCUGGGAAGCCUGUUCUUAUUUUGAAUGAUCCCAGCCUUUCCGACAAAAUACGAAACCAGUUGGCAACUUUGUCUGAUGAACAGUGUGGAAAGAGCUGUGAAUGUCAAAAGGGGGACCAAGGAACUCCCGGGCCACCUGGUGAUCAUGGUAGUAGAGGAGACAAAGGUGAACGAGGAUCUAAGGGAGAAAAGGGUGAGGCUAACAAAGGAGAGCCUGGAGAAAAAGGUGCAGAGGGAAGCACUGGUUAUAAGGGAGAUAAGGGUGAGCGAGGAGAAUGUGGAACACCAGGAGUAAAGGGAGACGCAGGACCAGAAGGCCCUUUUGGCCCAAAGGGACCAAGAGGCCCUCAGGGAAUGACUGGCCCUCCAGGUGAGCCUGGUCCAAAAGGCAUUCAAGGAAAUAAGGGGGAGCCCGGCCCAUCGGGUCCUUAUGGCCCUGCUGGAGUCCCUGGAAUUGGUUAUCCAGGACCUAAGGGUGACAGAGGUCAAGAUGGCAGAAUUGGGCUUCCAGGACCAAUUGGAAUUGGUGAGCCAGGCUUAAUGGGGCCUCGUGGUCCUGAAGGUGUGCAAGGUGAAAGAGGUCCACCAGGAGAAGGUCUUCCAGGACAGAAGGGUGAGAAAGGUUCUGAAGGGCCAGCAGGACCGGUUGGACCACCAGGCCUAUCCAUCAAAGGAGUUAAGGGUGAGCGAGGGAUGGGUGGACCUCAGGGUCCAAUGGGACCACCUGGACCUGGCAUUCAAGGAGAUCAGGGCGUUCCAGGUCCAAAAGGUGCCCCUGGGGCAAAAGGGUCACGUAGCGUGGGCCUACUUGGACCAAAGGGACAAACAGGUGCACCUGGGCUGAAAGGAGAUAUGGGAGCACCAGGAAUUGGGCUACCUGGACCUAAGGGAGAGCCAGGAAGACCAGGAUUUCCUGGAGAAAAUGGAAAACCAGGAUUAUCAGGAAUAGCAGGGAAAAAGGGAGACCAAGGAUUGCCUGGUCCAAGAGGCCCAGAGGGAAUACCAGGAAAAGGAGACAUUGGUCCAAAGGGUGAAGAUGGACAAAAAGGGGCUCAAGGACUAGAUGGUCCAAAGGGUAAUCCAGGGUCUCCAGGACCAAAGGGUGAACCUGGAAUCAAAGGCACAACUGGUAACCCUGGACCUUCUGUUCGUGGACCACCUGGUGAUAAGGGGGAUCAAGGAUAUCCAGGACCUCCUGGAAAUGAUGGAAAUCCUGGACAUGCAAUCGUGGGGCCCAAGGGUGCUCAAGGCUCAACUGGGCCACCAGGACCUCCUGGAGCUAAAGGAGAUGGCUUUCCAGGUCCAUCAGGUCUUCCAGGAGUACCUGGUCCUCCGGGCCCAAGAGGCCUUAAAGGAGCUGGCGAUCCAGGGGCAAAGGGAGAACAAGGUGCAAGAGGACCCCCAGGACCUCCUGGACAAAGGGGGAUAGGAAUACCUGGCCCAAAGGGUGCUACUGGACAAAAAGGUUUACCUGGACCACAGGGUCCUCCAGGAGAAGGAAUACAAGGAACUAAGGGAGAGCAAGGGAUUCAAGGUUUACCAGGAUCAAAAGGCUCCUGGGGCGUCGGACUUCCUGGCCCUAAGGGAGAUUAUGGAGACAAGGGAGAUCAGGGGAAAAGAGGCAACAAAGGAGAGAUUGGAGAACCUGGGCCUGCAGGACCAAGGGGAUUCCAAGGAGCCAAAGGCGAGCCUGGUCUUACUAAAGAAGAAAUCAUCAAAAUCAUUAGGGAGAUAUGUGGCUGUGGUGUUAAGUGUAAAGCGAAGCCUUUGGAGCUCGUAUUCGUUAUUGACAGCUCUGAAAGUGUUGGGCCUGAAAACUUUGAGAGGAUCAAGAGGUUUGUCAAAACCUUGAUUGAUGCAGUCACAGUCAAUCAAGCUACAGCCCGGGUUGGCAUCAUCAACUUUAGCCUCAAAGUAGAGCUGGUGUCCACUCUGCAGCAAUAUACUAACAAAGAGAGCCUUAAAGCUGCAGUCGAUGCAAUGCAGUACCAAGGGGAAGGCACACACACUGCUACAGCGAUCAGCAAAGCCAUUGAGAUAUUCCAGGUUGCCCGACAGGGGGUGAGAAAAGUGGCAAUUGUGAUCACAGACGGGCAAGCAGACAGUCGCGAUCCCAUUAAAUUGGAUGCCAUUGUGAAGGAUGCCCAUGCCCUCAACAUAGAAAUAUUUGUGAUUGGAGUCGUCCAGAAGAGUGAUCCCAAUUUUGAAAACUUUCGGAAAGAAAUGGACCUCAUUGCUACAGAUCCCGAUAACGAGCACGUUUACUUGAUAGAUGAUUUCAUGACCUUACAAGCUCUCGAGAAUAAGAUCUUCAAACAAAUUUGUGAGGAUGAUUUCAGUUCCUACAUCACCAAGGUGCUCAGUUCAGCAUUUUCCCCAGGACUUGAAUCAAGACGUGAACAUACUGGUCAGGUGGCUGUAUCUGAGACUCCAGCACCGUAUGUCCCACCAUCUAGGCCAGAAGUGAUUGACUCUCUACACCUUCCAAGGAUGCCCAUUGAGAGGACAGCACCACAUUUUAAUCAAGGUGGAUCUGUUACUACUAGACAACCAGCUAUUCCUCCUCUUCAUGGAAAGCAAGAUUAUUUGGAACCCAGCACUCACCAUCCAAAGAUCGCUCCCUCCUCUACUAUAUCUAGACAUAUGCAAACAACAGUACCCACUACACAGCCUCCUAGAGUGAUAAGUGCUACAAAAGAUGCCAGGUGUUUGCAGCCACUGACUCCUGGAGACUGUCAAGAUUAUCAAGUGAAGUGGUAUUAUGCCAGCGAUGCAAAUUCUUGUGCCCGAUUUUGGUAUGGAGGCUGUAAAGGUAACGAAAAUAGAUUUGAGACAGAAGAAGAGUGCCAGGCAACCUGUGUUGCAGGAUAAGCAGAGAACCCACGUUUAUGAAGCCAACUAUUUCUGGAGUUUGCAUAAAAAUAGUGUAAGAAUUCCAAAAGUGUUAAUACUGGUAAUAUUUUUAUGCCAUGCCUACUGCUUUUUACAAUGCAUUCAAUAUAUUUUGUAGAGAAUUUUAUAAUCACACCAGAUACAGCUUCACACAACAAAAAUGCCACUUAUAAGUCCAUAUUUAUUGUUCAGCUCUAUACUGCCUAUGGCAGUAUUUAAAGAACUGUAACAAGCCAGAUACCAAGAUUUGCAAUAUUUAGCUCUAUAGUUGGAAAUUCAAGUAUUCUGCAGAACAAAUGACACUUGAAAUUGAUAAAAACUGCAACAGUAGCAAGCGGGAAGAUGUGUCAGACGGGAACUUUUAGUACAGGAAUUUUAUACACAAAUACAGAUGCGUAGCUGGGCUUUUCCUACAUUGAAGUAUGCCUAGAUCUGGUCACUUAGGGUCAUACAAACUUUUGUCCCUUUCAUUCCCUUGCUUUCUGUGAUACAUUUUGAAUAGCUGAGAUCCAGGUGUAGGUGGCCCUGCAUAAUGUAUCCUGUUCACAUCCAAAGAGUCAUCCAGCAUGUUCGUAAGGCUUGGAUGAAGAUGUUCAAGGAUGGUGGCUUAUAAACAGACUUCUGCUGUCGGCUCAGGGCCAGUAUUUUUAUAUUAUUUCUUAAAGUUCAGUUCAAUCCAUCCAUUUUCAUUUCUCAGGGCUCUUGUACAAAAGAGUAAAAUGAAGAGUAGAUCAUGAAGUGUCAAGAGUCAAAUAUAGGGGAAUUUAAUAGGGAAAUGCACUGAAAGAUGUACAUAGCUGUAUUUUUUCAUACUACAUUUUCUUUUUAAACUUUGUGCCUACAGAAAACAUACUGUACAAGCUAAAAUUGAUUGACCAUUAUUAAAGCAAUCAUAUGAAUAA